AAUCAGGGCUGUCAGGGUGGGAGGGGCAUGACUUUGGGAUUGGGUCGGGUAUUUUUGGUAACGGCGUCUGUGUACGGGACGCUCGCGCUCAAGACAAUUUGACAGGCAGGCGGCGCCGGCGCACCAUGCGCGCCCAGCGAGCUCCGCGCGCCGCCGUCAGCUGAGAGCGGCACGUCGUGCGCCACCGGCGCUCCGCCACCAUGGUGUUCGGCAUGCGAACCAAGACGGCCGUGGCCGAGUCCGAACGACGGAUACGGGCCAAUGAUUUGGAAUACAACUCCGGAUUCCAGUAUGCGGACAACUUCAUCAAGACAUCCAAGUACACCCUGCUGACGUUCUGGCCGAUGAACCUGUUCGAGCAGUUCCAGCGUCUGGCCAACUUCUACUUCUUGUGCCUGCUGGUGCUGCAGCUGAUCCCGGUGAUCAGCUCGCUGACCUUUGUCACCACUCUCGUGCCGCUCGUCUUCGUGCUGCUGCUCACCGCCAUCAAGGACGCCUACGAUGACUUUCAACGCCACCGGAGCGACCGCCAGGUGAACCGGCGCCACGCGUACGUGCUGCGCGCCGACCGGCUGACGCGCGAGCAGUGGUCCAACGUCCGGGUCGGUGACGUCAUCCGCAUGGAGAACGACCAGUUCGUGGCCGCCGACCUGCUGCUGCUCUCCACGUCCGAGCCGAACGGCCUCAGCUACAUCGAGACGGCCGAGCUGGACGGGGAGACGAACCUCAAGUGCCGGCAGGCGCUGACGGCCACGGUCGAGCUGGGGCAGGACGAGACGCUGCUCGGCAUGUUCGACGGCGAGAUCGUCUGCGAGCCGCCCAAUAACAACCUCAACAAGUUCGAGGGCACGCUCAGCUGGAACAACAAAAAGUACGCGCUGGAUAAUGACAAGAUUCUGCUGCGGGGCUGCGUACUGCGCAACACCCAGUGGUGCUACGGCGUGGUGGUGUUCGCCGGCCGGGAGACGAAGCUCAUGCAGAACUCGGGCAAGACCAAGUUCAAACGCACCAGCAUCGACCGCCUGCUGAACUAUAUCAUCCUGGGGAUCGUGUUUUUCCUACUGAUGUGCCUGUUUUGUACUAUUGCCUGCGGAAUUGGGAAACUCUCGGUGUGCACGUCGGCAGGUCAGCAUUUUCGUGUGUAUUUGCCGUGGGAUGCGCUGGUGCCGGACGACCCGGCAGGUGGCGCCACCGUCAUUGCGCUGCUCGUCUUCUUCUCCUACGCUAUCGCCCUCAACACCGUCGUGCCUAUAUCUCUGUAUGUCAGGGUAACUGCCACCGCCGCCAGUGUGGAGGUGAUCCGCCUGAUGCAGAGCUUCCUCAUCAACUGGGACCUGCAGAUGUACUACGAGAAGACGGAUACGCCCGCCAAGGCGCGCACCACCACGCUGAACGAAGAGCUGGGUCAGGUCCAGUACAUUUUCUCCGACAAGACUGGCACGCUCACCCAGAACAUCAUGCUAUUCAACAAAUGUUCGAUAGCGGGCAAAUGCUAUGGCGACUACAUCGACCCGAUUAUCGGUGAAGUCACGGAACCCAACGAGUACACGAAGCCGGUGGACUUCUCGGCCAACGCCAUGGCUGAGGAGUCGUUCCGGUUCUACGACCAGACUCUGCUGGACGCCGUGCGCAGCGGGGACGAGGACGCGCACAUGUUCUUCCGACUGCUGGCGCUCUGCCACACCGUCAUGCCCGAGGAGAAGAACGGCAAGCUUAAGUACCAGGCGCAGUCACCGGACGAGGACGCCCUGGUGUCAGCGGCGCGCAACUUCGGCUUCAUCUUCCUCGCCCGCACGCCCAACUCCAUCACGAUCCGCGGCCCGGGCGGCGACGAGGAGCAUGAGGUGCUCUGCAUCCUGGACUUCAACAACGUCCGCAAGCGCAUGUCGGUCAUCCUGAGGCGCGCCGGCAGGAUCCGGCUGUACUGCAAGGGCGCCGACAACGUGCUGUUCGAGCGCAUGGGCCCGACUGAGCCCGAGCUCAAGAGCCGCACUGAGGAGCACCUGCAGAAAUUCGCCGGCGAGGGUCUCCGCACGCUGGUGCUGGCGUACAAGGAGCUGGACGAGGCCUACUACGAGGAUUGGAAGCAGCGCCACCACGAGGCAUCCACCUCGAUGGUGCAGCGCGAGGAGCAGCUGGACACCCUGUACGAGGAGAUUGAGCGAGACCUGAUGCUGAUAGGCGCCACUGCCAUCGAGGACAAGUUGCAGGACGGGGUGCCUCACACCAUCGCCAACCUGAUGCUGGCCGGCCUCCGCCUCUGGGUGCUCACCGGCGACAAACAGGAGACGGCCAUCAACAUCGGCUAUUCGUGCCAGCUGCUGACGGACGACCUGCAGGACGUGUUCGUGGUGGAAGGCCAUAGCAUGCAGGAGGUGGAGACGGAGCUGAACAGCUGUCUGGACGAGCUGAACCGGCCGGCCGCCGACGCCAAGCCGGCCCACAAGCAGUCGCUCUCGGUGGUCACGUUCAGCCGCACGUACUUGUACGUCACGUCCCGCAGAGGCGGCACGGUCCACACUGACGAGGGGUACGGCCACGACACGCCCGUCGAGGAGUCGGAGCGGCGCGGCGGCUACGCGCUCGUCAUCAACGGCCACUCGCUGAUCUGGGCGCUGACCAGCAAGCUGGAGCGCCAGUUCCUAGAGGUGGCCUGCCAGUGCAAGGCGGUCAUCUGCUGUCGCGUCACACCGCUGCAAAAGGCGCUCGUGGUCGAGCUGGUGAAGAAGUACAAGAAGGCCGUGACGCUGAGCAUCGGUGACGGCGCCAAUGACGUGUCCAUGAUCAAAACGGCGCACAUCGGGUCGUGGGCAAUCUCGGGCCAGGAGGGCCUGCAGGCCGUCCUCUCCUCCGACUACAGCAUCGCCAGUUCACGCUACCUGGAGCGGCUGCUGCUCGUGCACGGCCGCUGGUCCUACUACCGCAUGUGCAAGUUCUUGCGCUACUUCUUCUACAAGAACUUCGCCUUCACGCUCUGCCACUUCUGGUACUCGUUUUUUCUGCGGCUCAGCGCGCAGACCAUCUUCGACCCUAUGUUUAUUGCCGUCUACAAUCUUUUCUACACGUCUAUGCCGGUCCUCGCACUUGCCGUGUUUGACCAAGAUGUCAAGGAUCGACACAGCCUGACUUAUCCCAAGCUGUACACGCCCGGCCUGCUCAACGCGUUUUUCAACAAGGCCGAGUUCUUCAAGGCGGCCCUGUAUGGGUUCUUCACAUCCCUGGUGCUGUUCGUCGUGCCGUACGGCACUUACCGCGACGCCCUCUCGCCCAACGGCUACGUCAUCUCCGACCACCAGUUGUUCGGAGCAGUGGUGGCCACCAUUCUCGUGGUGGUGGUCACGACGCAGAUCUGCUUGGACACGGCUUACUGGACGGCGUGGAACCACGUGUGCGUCUGGGGCUCGCUGCUGGCCUACGUCGUGCUGCACUUCGUCUACAACUACGGUAUGGGCGGGCCGUACGUCGGCUCGCUGUGCAUGGCGAUGAAGGAGGCCAACUUCUGGUUCACCGCCGUGCUGACUGUCAUCGUGCUGACCGUGCCCGUGCUGGCAUGGCGCUUCUACUUUGUCGACCUCCACCCGACGCUGUCCGACCUGGUGCGCCGCAAACAGCGCGAAGACAAGGCGCAGAAGCGGCGGCUGGACGACAUCCAGCGCACGCCGUCGGCGCGCCGCCGCGGCCGCUCGGUCCGCUCCGGCUACGCCUUCGCCCACCAGGAGGGCUUCGGCCGGCUCAUCACGUCCGGCAAGAUGAUGCGCCGGCCGGCGCCGCUCGCCUCGCUCUCGAUGUUCUCGCUUGGCCGCUCGGAGGCUGCCUCGCCGCGCGCAGAGACUCAGGUGACGUUCUACACCGAGCGGUCCAGCAGCGGCGCGGCAGACGGGUGAGCGCGGCACGCCCGCCAGCGCAGCACCGCCGCCGCCGGCCUCCGGCUCGCCACCGCCGUCGGCCGUGCCCAGCAAGCCACCAUCCGGCCCAGACCCGUUUGGAAAACGGUAUUUUUGUAGUUAUUUUUGUGAACGGCGGGUGUCAACGUCUGGCUAGAACACCGACUCCCGUCUAUCGGGCCGUUUCACAAGCCGCGUAUACCGUUGCCGCCGUUGCCGUUGGCGCCGGACGCCUCCGGGCAUAUUGCGAGCGUGGAGAUCCGCCUGUGUCGGCUGCGCUCGUCUCAAUCCCACGUGACGUCAGCAAUAAGCGAGGUACUGGUGGUCCAACACGCACACACACACGACGCACCGAAGGAGCACAACUGAAACAAUAUGACCCCCGCUGUUUGCUAUUGGCCGUCGGUGAAGUGAGCCUUGGUUGUUGACUGACGAGCGUGCCGUGCACGAGGUUUGCGGAAUUCGUGGAUCCUGAUCCUCUGCUACGAGUGGUUUGUGAUUGCUGUUGAUUCCGCGGUUACCUCAGAGAAGGAAUGCAGUCUUGGCAGUCUGGGGACAUGAUAUACAGUCGCUCCGCUAAAUAUCUACCCGUGCUCCUGCGUUGUGCUGGAUAGCCUAUCGAACAAUUCGGGGUUCAGGGUUGUGUUCGCGAAAUGUGAAUCCGCAUGAUUUCGUCAUUGUUGUUAUUUCUGCUGCCUGAGGUAAGCCCACCGGUUAGUCUUCGGUGCGCGCCUCUGUCUCCAUCGAAACCUUGUGUGGGUGUUUUUGUGGCUUCGUCUUCUUUUCGUUUUGGAACUUGCGUAUCUUUCCAUUCGCACCCAUCAUUUUGAAGCGUUUAAAAUCACCAAUGACGUCCUGUGCUGUUGUUUUAAUACGGCGUGCUGGUGUAGGGACGCUGUUUGUUUUCGUGCCUUAGGUGUAACGCAGUUGACGAUGCCGAUGAUUUCCCUGGGGACAGGGGCCGAGCCAAAGGGGCCGGCUAGGGCCAAGGAGGCUGGCCUGGGGUGAAUCGGUGAUCUAUUGAAUGGUGAUAAGCUGUAAUGCAUCGUCAUAGUUCUUAUGUUUUUAGCCAUGCAAUCCUACAUAGCAGGAGUGUAAUUAUGUUCCGUAAUUUCAUCAACAAACACCGUCACAUGCGCCAUUUUGGCUCCAGUCCGGCUUCGAGCAUCCCACCCAGCCGGGGCCGUUACAGUGGGAUGUGUAUGACGUAAUAGUUUUGUUACUGUUUUACACGACACAAUAAAAG